UCUGACAUUUCAACUUGAAAAUAGAAAAUUAAACAAAAUACUUAAACAAACAUUAGAUCUAACUUUAAGUAAUUAUUUUCUUGAUAACAAGAUUUAACAAUACGUGACACGUGUUUCUAUUUUCUUAAGCGAGUGCAAGUUACUUGGCUCCUCUCAAUUUUUACUUUUACUCGUAAUUCAAAAUCUUCAAGAAUAUCACUGAACCAUUUUUUAUAAAUAGAUAAUUAGAUAUUUUGAAGAUGCUGUCGGCCCUGAUUAAAGAACAUCAAGCUAAACAAGCAGCUAAGAGAGUUAUACAAGAACAGAAACGCAAAGAAUGCAUUGUAGCAGCAAAUGAUUUAACUCAAGCUCUCGUUGAUCACUUAAAUGUUGGAGUGGCCCAGGCCUAUUUAAACCAAAAGAAAUUGGAUGCUGAAGCAAAAUUACUUCACCAGGGAGCAAUAAACUUUUCUAAACAAACACAACAAUGGCUAGCGCUGGUAGAAAAUUUCAGUAGUGCAUUAAAAGAAAUAGGCGAUGUUGAAAAUUGGGCCCGGAGUAUUGAGAAUGACAUGAAAAUUAUAACAGAUACUUUAGAACGGGCAUAUGAGACUACACAAGAAAACCCUAGUAGUAGUCAGUAAUCAGUAGUUUCACCUAUCUAAGAACACUUGGGUUAUUGAGACAAAUCAAACGAUAUCCUAUUAUAAUUACGUAAAUCCGUUCAGUGGUUUGGAAAAGGUAAUAAAGAUAACUUGGCAGGAAAUGGAAAUCAAUAAAAGAAUACAACAAGGUUGGAAUAAAUACUGGAGCCUAAAAUAUAUCUUUAAAAACAAGGACAUACCAGUAAGUCUCAAAGCGAAAACUUUUGAUGCAUGUAUAACACCAUCCCUUACCUAUGGUUGUCAAACAUGGGCAUUGAAUAGAAACCAUAUAAAGAGACUAAAAACAACACAACGCAACAUGGAAAGAAACUUCUUAAACAUAAAAUUGAUUGAAAGGGUGCCAAAUACCCAUAUUCGACUAAAAAGUAAAGUGAGGAAAAAUAACAAAGAGGUUGAAAUGGAACUGGGCAGGACACAUAACAAGAAAAUUAAAUGACGAUUGGAGUAGCAUAACAACAUCGUGGUGCCCAAGGGAGGAAAAAAGAAAAAGAGGCAGACCAAUUAGUAGAUGGAAAGACGAUCUGAUUGCCUUUGAAGGGACAUACUGGACCCGAUCAGCGAUGGAAAGGACACAAUGGAAGAGGAAGGGGGAGGCCUUUGCCCAGCAGUGGGAUGAAAUUUAACUGUAAUAAAUAUUAUUUAAUUUAGAUUGUAAAGGCUUAAAUAAAUAAAUAAAUAAAGAUAACAUACAUACAUACAAGAUACGCGCGAAAAACAUAAACCCUUCUUGCAGUUGGGUAAAAACAAUCCACAACAUGGUUAAAGAGAAAUGUGUUACGAGUGAUGACGUACUCAAUGUGCGAAACCAAUGACAAUUCCGCGACGCUUUGAGGCCCAUCUAACGAUCUAUGACAAAACAUCAAACAAAAAAAAACCGAUUCACCACUUAAUGAGACAUCACAUGGUUUAUUGACUGGAUGACUGGCCUUUAUGUGUUUAAGUAUAAAAUGCUUUGAUUUCAACUAUACCUAUAUUGCAAAAAAAAUCAAUCAAAACUCUCUCAUCCAGUUUAUAAAAUUAAAAACUGGUUUAGGUUUACCAUAUUUAUAAAAUAUGAUAAAAUGUACCUUGUGGGUACCUUGUACAACUACAAAAAACAAAAACUAAUUUAGUCCCCUAUUUAUCUGUUGAAGAAUCUUCAAAUUGAAGUUUAUUUUCUCUCUUCUAUUCGAAUUUAAUUUUGAAAAAAAAUUUAACUUUAAUCUUUAGAUAAUUAAUUAUU